CCGGCGCGUGUCGCACCCAAUGGAGUCCGGAGGAUUUUGCCUCAGAGAGGAGGUGGCGCCGAUACUACCUGUCUCCCUGAGCCGACCCCGGGGGCGAGGGGAGCCGCCCUGGCGGGACCCGGACUCCGCGGGGGCGGCAGGUGGAGGAGCAAACCCGAAGCAGGGCUAGAGUCGCAGCCGCUGCCGGAGCGAGGAGAUGAUACAUAGAAAUGAAUCCUGUACUUCAGGGCAGGUACCUACGAGCUACUUAUGCUGCCUGAUUUACAUAUUGGAAGAAUGGACUGGUGUGGAGUACCUUGAGGACUAUCUGAAUUAUGUGGCCUACCUUUUAUGGGUGUUUACUCCACUCAUAAUAGUUUUUAUACUUCCUGGACUUAUCCUCCUCCUCCUCUACAUUUCCAUUAUUUUACUUUAUGUUUAUAAGAGGAAGAAUGAACUAAAAGAGGCUUAUUCCAAUGAUAUCUGGGAUGGUGCAAGGCAAAUGGUGGCAACUUUAUGGGAUGGACAUGCAAGAAUAUGGCACGGUUAUGAGGUUCAUGGUCUGGAAAAAAUACCAGAAGGACCCGGGCUUGUUGUUUUUUACCAUGGCGCAACUCCUAUAGACUAUUUCUACUUCUUGGCUAAACUCUUUAUACUGAAGAACAGAAUGUGCUAUACAGUAGCUGAUCACUUUGUCUUUAAAUUACCAGGGUUUAAACUUUUACUUGAUGUGUUUGGAGUUAUGCAUGGACCAAAGGAAGAAUGUGUUAAAGCUCUGAAGAAUGGCCACUUGGUGGCUAUCUCGCCAGGUGGAGUUAGAGAAGCACUCUUUAGUGAUGAAAACUAUGUUCUUGUAUGGGGUAAUCGUAUGGGCUUUGCUCAAGUGGCCAUUGAUGCAAAAGUGCCCAUCAUUCCUAUGUUCACACAAAAUGUUCGGGAAGGAAUUAGGACAUUAGGAGGAAUAAGAUUAUUUAGGUUGAUAUAUGAACGUCUUCGAUUACCCCUCGUUCCUAUAUAUGGAGAGUUUCCAGUCAAAUUUCGUACAUACAUUGGAGAUCCUAUUCCAUAUGAUCCAAAUAUAAAUGCUGCAGAACUGUCUGGAAAGGCAAAGGCUGCAAUCCAGUCUUUAAUAGACAGACAUCAGAAAAUACCAGGAAAUGUAUUUAGGGCUUUAAUGGAACGAUUUGAGACACAGCAGAAAGAAGACUAGUGUGUGGUGCAUAACAAACUACACAUUUACUUGUAAUAUUUUCAAAACUGUUUGUAACUUAUAUUAUUAUCCUCAAAAUUGAUUAUUAAAUGCAUUGUCUUAAUGAUAUUUCUUUUUUAAUGCAGAUGUUUUCUGUAUAGUUUAACAAGAGCUGUGAGCAAUGAUUUUUUUUUUUUCUUCCUCUGCAGUGACCAGUAUCAAACUUGAGCCCAAACUUGCAAUCUUACUCAGGUAAAAAUCUGACUAACGUAAUUAGCUUUGAAGUGCAGUCCUAUAUUGAAAAAUAACUUAGUGAGAAUGACAUUGGAGGCUUCCAUAUUCAUGGUCUUUUGAUAAUUUCCAUCUCAAAUUUCCACGUAAAAAAAAUGUUUGGUCUAACUGCCAAGCCUGCAAACUCAUGGUGGAUUCUGAGAUGCAAGCUAGAUUCGUUCUAUCUAAACACCAUUACCAGAAAUAGAGGUUCUCCCAACCAAAUAAAGCCC